GGAUAAGACAGCAGGUGCGAGGUCACCUUCAGUUUCAACAAGCAGAAAGAUUUGACGGAGUAGGGCGGUAGAAAAACUUCUGAGGUCAUACAAAACUGAUUACAAUAAAGGCGCGAUUGGAAAGAACAACGAGUAUUUUCAUCGGAAUCCAUCAACUUUUUCCACAAAUUUAAAGAGAUUAUAUUUUUUUUACAGAUUGUGCAACAAAAGGAAGAGAAAGUGAAAUUAAACCAUUGCAUGUAAGAAGCCGUUACAGGGUGCAAGGCUGAGGAAAAGACCAUACUGAAAUGGCGUCCAACUUGUCUCUUCCAGAAGAAGACUUAACCUGUUCCGUGUGCAUUGACAUCUUCACAGACCCCAUGGUACUAAAAUGCAGCCACAGCUUCUGUAACGCCUGUUUGCACAAGUGUUGGGAGGAGAAAGAGGCAAGAGAAUGUCCGAUUUGUAGAGUGAAAACAACAGAGGACCCGACUUGUAAUCGGGCCUUGAAGAACCUGUGUGAGACCUUUUUGAAACACAAGAUUGAGAAACCAGCUUUUGCGUCCGAUUCCCUCUGUAGUCUCCACGGUGAGAGACUCAAGCUCUUCUGCCUGAACGACGAGGAGCUGCUCUGCCUCAUCUGUCAAACUUCAGAGAAGCACGACAACCACAAACUGCGACCCGUCCAAGAAGCAGCGCUUAAAUAUAAGAAGGAGCUGGAGACAGUGCUGAGACCCCUACAGUACAAGCUGGAGGCCUUUACUAAAGAGAAACAGAAGAGUGACCGAGAAGCUGAGUUAAAGAGCCAGGCUGAGUGCACAGUCAUACAAAUACAAAAGCAGUUUGAGAAACUUCACCAGUUUCUGAGAGAUGAAGAGGCAGCCAGGAUCGCUGCACUGAGGGAGGAAGAGGAGGAGAAGAGCCAGAGGAUGAAGGAGAGGGUUGAAGAAAUGACAAAUGAGAUUUCAUCCCUGACAGGAGUGAUCAGAGCCUUAGAGCAGAAAAUGAAGGCUGAUGAUAUCUCUUUCCUGCAGAACUACAAGGCCACAAAGAGAAGAGGCCAGUACGAAGUGUCCGAUCCAGAGAAGGUAUCAGGAGAGCGUAUCGAUGUGGCCAAACACCUGGGCAACCUGAUGUACAGAGUGUGGAAGAAGAUGAAGAGGAUUGUUCAGUACACUCCUGUCACUCUAGAUCCAAACACUAAAGGAGAUCAUCUUACCCUGUCUGAGGAUCUGACCAGCCUGAGAUACAGUGGGGAGACAGAGCUGAGUUCUGAUGAUGAUGAUCAUGAUGAUGAUGAUGAGGUUGAUGACGAUGAGGUUGAUGACGAUGAUGAUGACGAUGACGAUGAUGAUGACGAUGACGUUGAUGAUGAUGAUGAUGAUGACAGUAAUAAUGAUGAUGAUGAUGAUGAUGAUGACAGUGAUGAUGACGAUGAUGAUGACGAUGCUGAUGACGAUGAUGUUGAUGAUAAAUAUUUGGUGUUUGGAUCUGAAGGCUUCACAGGGAAACACUCCUGGGAUGUAGAGGUUGGGGAUAAUCCUGUCUGGAAGCUCGGCGUAGCUGAGAUAUCAUACAAUGAUGGAGAGCCUGAGCGGCGUAAAAUGUGGGGUAUAUUUUAUGAAGAUGGGGAGUAUGGAGUCCGUACAAGUUCAGGGAAAGUUAUUAAACUGAAUGUUAGGAGGGAAGUGAAAAAGGUCAGAGUGCAGCUGGACUGGUACAAGAACAGGUUGUGCUUCUCUGACCCCACUAACAGCACGUCUCUGCACACUUUCAAAAGAGAAAUAUUCACUGAGAGUAUGUUUCCAUGGUUUCUCGUUGGCUCUGAUUCUGGUCCUCUGAGAAUCUGCCCAAUGAAGGUCUCUGUCACAGUUGGAUAGCGGUGCUCUGAUGGGGAAACUGAUCAGACUACAGCCAAUAGAGAGAGCAGGGGGUGAUCUCACUGUCUGUCAAAUGUAUUAAGUUCAAUCUACCCAAUGAACUCAACGAGCAGUAGAAUCAA